UUGAAAUAUACUCUACGUCGCCAAAUGAGAAAGUAAUGUAUCCCUGGUUUACUUAGAACAGGGAGUUCCGCACUUUCACAAAUUAAUGUACAGAGGGGUAGAGGUGCUAGCUAACGUUACCCACAAACUAUCAAUCUUGUUGGUGUUUCUGUCGCAGCUUCUGCUUGUAUUUACAUUUUCAAAACAGCUCUUUCUGAUUUUGGGGGAUACAAUGGGGGCGUUUUUGGACAAGCCAAAGAUGGAGAAGCACAAUGCUCAUGGUGAGGGGAACCGUCUGACCUAUGGCCUGAGCAGCAUGCAGGGCUGGAGGGUGGAGAUGGAGGAUGCCCACACGGCAGUCAUUGGCCUGCCUCAUGGGCUCGACCCUUGGGCCUUCUUUGCGGUUUAUGAUGGGCAUGCUGGCUCCCAGGUGGCUAAAUACUGCUGCGGCCACCUUCUGGAGCACAUCACCAGCAACCCAGACUUCCAGAGUGCUCUGGAGCCGGAACCCAACGUAGAGAGUGUGAAGACCGGCAUCCGCACAGGUUUCCUGCAGAUUGACGAGCACAUGCGGUCCAUCUCUGAGAAGAAGCACGGUGUGGACCGCAGCGGCUCCACCGCGGUGGGGGUCAUGAUUUCCCCAGGUCACAUCUACUUCAUCAACUGUGGAGACUCCCGGGGUCUUCUUAGCCGUGGAGGAGCUGUGCACUUUUUCACACAGGACCACAAGCCCAGCAACCCACUGGAGAAGGAGAGGAUCCAGAACGCAGGUGGCUCUGUCAUGAUCCAGCGAGUGAAUGGCUCUCUGGCAGUGUCCCGGGCACUGGGAGACUUUGACUACAAGUGUGUGCAUGGCAAGGGCCCCACGGAGCAGCUGGUUUCACCAGAGCCUGAGGUGUAUGCCAUUGAAAGGUCUGAGGUGGAAGAUGAGUUCAUCGUCCUAGCCUGCGACGGCAUCUGGGAUGUCAUGGCCAAUGAGGAACUUUGUAACUUUGUCAGGUCCAGGCUUGAGGUGACCGAUGACCUUGAAAGAGUCUGCAAUGAAAUUGUUGAUACUUGCUUGUAUAAGGGGAGUCGGGACAAUAUGAGUGUUGUGCUGAUCUGCCUCCCAGGGGCUCCAAAGGUGACUGCAGAAGCUGUGAAAAGGGAAGCAGAGCUGGAUAAGUACCUGGAAAGCAGAGUAGAAGAGAUCAUAAAGAAGCAGGGAAACGAAGGGGUUCCAGACUUGGUCCACGUGAUGCGGACGUUAGCAUCGGAGAGCAUCCCUAACCUCCCUCCUGGGGGAGAGCUGGCCAGCAAACGAAGCGUUAUUGAAGCAGUGUACAACAAACUCAACCCAUACCGAGGUGAUGACACAGACUCCGCAUCGACAGACGACAUGUGGUAACACAACCCCUACCACUAACACAGCACAGAGUUUACAAACCUCUACCCUCAAGAAUCACAGCAGCUCCAUUCAGCAGCCUGUCUCCCCACCACUCUGAGCGUUCCAUUUGUAAGAAGGGAAUAUGAUGGGAGGAGGAGAUGCGCGCACACACCCCUACACCCCAGAUAGAGCAGCACUAGUCAGCUCUGGAGUUCAGGAUCCCCUCCAUUUUGUCUCAGCUUUAUUUUCAAUCCCACCCUUAACCUGUUGGGACUCUGUAGCUAUGUUUUAGGUUUUCUUUUCUUUUUUUAAUCAGUUAAAACAACUAUUUUGGGCUGUAAUUUCCUUGUUUGUAUAUUUCUGUUGUGGUGAAGUGCAAUUGUCCUGUACAAAGCCUGUAUUUAAUACAGCUUGAGUUAAAGUUAAAAGAAAAAAAAGAACCUUUAUACACUAUCAGCCCUUUCCCUGCUCUUCUGGAGUUCCAACAAAUGUCUAUUCAGUGAAUAUUACUGUUUGUCCUCCAGGUGAUAUUAUCCUCUUGCUCUUUAAAAAAAAAAUGUUUGUCUUUGCUCCUUAAGAAACGGGUAAAUUGUAUAGGUUCACAGCACAGUAAGCUCUCUAAACCAUAAAUUCUAAUAUCUACAUUUCUUUUGUUUGUAUAAAAAAAAUCUACGUAGUGUAGUAACUAUGGUACUACAGUCUUUCAUUGUGUGUUCUGUCUUUUGGGGGCAAUUCUUGUUCAUCACCUGUAAACAACGCAACAAAGCAGUUCCUAGAUGCAAAUGAAGAUGAGCUCACCUGACACCUUUUAACACUUGCUGUGUGUUCCUGUGUGUGCCUGCCUGUGGGUAGUGGCAAGUGUUUCUAGGUGCUUGUGUGCGUGCACAUGUUUGUAUAGAGGUAUAUCUGUAGCUGUUAGCUAAUGUUUGCUAUGGUGGUGCAGAUUAUGGGAAAUGUUCCUCCAUUACUCCUACAUACCUAUUGUGCACCCGUCUUGUAUAUCAGUACGAUACUACCCUUCACUUCAGAGCUUUGGAGAACACUUUAUGACACUGGAUGGAUUAAGUUGACUUUUUGCUAUUUUUAACUUAUGACAUCUGCCACAACCAUUUUGUAAUUCUAUUGACAUGCAGUGAUUUAUGCUAGUCUGACUAGUUUACAUGUUCAUGUCAUUCAUGUAAGUUUUUUUAUUUUUAUAAAUGUAAUAUGUCACCGAUGUACAUAUUUCAGCUUUAUGAUGGCCCAGCAUGCCAAGUGAAGUUUUCUGAGAUUCAGUGCAUUUUAAUUGUUAAAAGCCUGCGUUUGGUACUGAGAGGAGUUCAAAUCACAACAUCUAUAUGAUAAUCUGAUUUUACAAGUGUAUAAGUGCCGAUUUGUUAAAAACCCUAAUUACCACCAUCAGUCUGAGUGAACCUUCAAUCUUCCCUUAACAAUUUCGAGGUGGUAUUUUUUUAAAUUGUUGUGAUAUUCAACUAUACAACCAAGAACAAAGUCACUGAAUGCAAUGAGCUGUCCUAGAGUACCUUAUAUUUACUCUGAGUGGUUUGGGGGGCUCUGUGUAGAGUCCUCAGCCACUGCACCAGGAGCCUGUGCACAAUAUGGUAUGCUUCUAAAGUGUGUAUGAUUUUGCUGUAAAUCUUUCCCUUAAAAAAAUCAAAUGAAUAGUUAGACUAAAUCUGUAUUUUACAUGCAGAUGUAUUUCUUGGUGAGAUGUUUUUUUAUUUUGAACUGCAUUGCUGCAAGUCUUUUCUGACCUAUUGUCAAGGAAUAAAUCAUGUCGCUUGAGUUAGAUACUCUUGUUUUUGAAUGUUGAAUCAAUUAGAAUUGAGCGCUGUAGGUAAAUGUGUCCUAAUCCCCUUGGGUUCUGUCCUGUUUGUCUAAAUCAGGUUUUCCCAAACUUGGUCCCCAAUGCACGUUUUUUUUUUUUCCCCCCCUAGAACUACACCGCUGAUUUCAAAUAAUUAAAGCUUGAUGACAAUUUUUUUUUUAAUCAGCAGCAGAGUGCUAGGGCAAAAAACAAAACGUGCACCCAGGGGACCCAGGACCAAGUUUGGGAAACACUGGUCUAACACAGGGUAACGUACUGAAUUUAUAAUUUCUCUUUAACCAACUGACAAUCUAAUGAUGUAACUUCUGACAACAAACUACCACGCUGACUCCUGAAUUUGACCCCAAGAUAAACAGUUUAGAGAUGGCUUGAUAUGCCACCCUUGUUGUAUUUUAUCCGUACCUGCAGUUGUUUUUUUAGAAAUUAUAAACAAUACGAAGUACAUCACAGAUUAACUCUUAAAAAAACUUGUUUUUUUCUGAGCUUGCCAUAUGGACAAUUGAUACAGCUGUAAUGUCAAUUAUACUUACAAUUUUGUUAAAGGGUAAACAAGUCUAACAAUGCCUUCAUAAUUUUAAGCAAUGAAUCUGAUGAAGUGACGUGAUUAUGUAGUCAUUGUUGAGAUGCAAUAUACCCAUUUGGUUCAACUGUCACACCUACCCAAGUCACUUUUCCAAAUUGAGAAAGAAAUGUGGUUAAAUUGGUAAAUGUCUUCCUUUACUGUGAUUUUGUGUGAAGGGAACCAAGUUUUAGGAGUGCGAAGAGGUGUGAACAACCGUAAUACAAGCCCUAGCUUUUUUUGACGUCUGUAUAGUUGUUUAGGAUCUUAGCUUAAGGAGUGCAAACAUUCGGUUACGCUGUUGUCCGUUUUAUAAGCUAAAGUAUUUUCUACAGAAAUACUACAGGUAUGUAUAUUGUUUUUCAUUUACGAAAUGAUGUAACCAAGGAAAAUCAGUCUUAACCUGUUUUGCAGGUUUAUUCUUUUACUGUCUUUUUUUUUUUACACACGACUGGAAAUAAAUACUUUUUUAUUUCCGAAAUGCAUUAACUUAAUCUUUAGGCUAGCCAGACAUUUUUCUGUUAUCUGUACAACUUAACACUGAUUUUGUGCUGCCCUGCUGUUGUUUAAGGAGUCAGCUUUAAGGUCAGCGUUCUGUUGUCAACACACCAGUUUUAAUGUGGGCUACUCGCGUACUGUCGGACUUGCGUAGUGACUAAGGUUUUAGGUUCAUGUAAGGCGUCAUCUGUUAUAUUCUUAUUUAAGCCUCAUAAGGAAUAUAUUUAUAUUGGAGUAAGAGAUUUUAAUGCUUGCGCCCAUAUUGUACAUAAUAUUGAUGUACCUCAGUUGUGGUGAUACUGUGUGACCCUUUGGCAGUGGUGGGUUGUGUCCCCUUUAACAGGGGGCCUGAACCCAAUGUUGACCUUUUCAGCUCACUAAUAAGCUCACCGAUUUGCCUUACCCAAUCUAAUUCAACCCCCUAAUGUACUUGUUCAUUGGAACAUUUCAAGGAGUAAUUUCAAAUUGUGUUUCCAAGUUAGGGUACUUCUCUACAAAGUGGCAUACUAUGUUGAUAGUCACAUGGUACACCUCUUCAUUUCUGGUUUAUAUUAAAAACAAAUGUUACCUUGUUGAAUCUUUUGAAAUAUUAUUUAAAUUGUUUAGUCCUGCAGAUGUCCUACUUUCAGCAAAUGCAAGUGUUAAACAAUUGGGUAACCUUGUAAGCAUUUGAAAUGUGCGUACAUGUCUGCUAUAUUUAUGAAUGCAUUCAAGAAUAGCUUUAGUGCUGUAGAUAAGUAUUGUCUAUGUUGAUUCAACUGCUUCUCAGAGGCCUCUGUGAUUGACUACAAAGUUCAAAAACUGUAUAUUUUGUAUUCUCUUCUAGCUUGGAUAAAAGAAAAUGUCAAAGCUUUGUUCCCUGAACUUUAUUGUGCUAUGUGAGUCGAUUGAACAAAUUGCAUUCCUUGCUUGUGAAUUUAUGCAUUCUCGUAUUUCCCUGAUCUUCUCCUUAGUUUUUUUUUUGUUGCCUUUUUGAAUUUUGAAAUAAAAUUUCUAGUUUGCAGAAUGUACCACUAAAUAAAUGGGUUGUUACCUUG